GCUUCUGCAAACAGGAACAGGAAAGCGUCGCGGCCAGUGUUUCCCAAACAGCUCCGUCCACGCGUGGGGUAAAUGCUCAGGCCUGCGAGGCCUCAUAGGACAGAACUAUAUCAAGAUACUCCAUCCACAUGCUGGCCUAUUGUAUAUUCACCAGAUUACAACAUUUCAUUUCUGGGCCUGGAGAAACUGCAUCCAUUUGAUGCUGGAAAAUGGGGGAAAAUAAUACAUUUCUUGAAAGAAGCAAAGUUAAUUACAGAUGACUUGAUUGUACAGGCUCAAGAGGCAACCGAAGAGGAUCUUUUAGUAGUUCACACAAGACAUUACUUGAAUCGAUUAAAGUGGUCAUUUGCAGUGGCUACGAUUACAGAAAUCCCUCCAGUCCUUUUUAUGCCAAAUUUCCUUGUUCAGAGGAAAGUGCUCAGGCCUCUGAGAACCCAAACAGGAGGAACGAUAAUGGCAGGGAAACUGGCUAUUGAGCGAGGAUGGGCAAUUAAUAUUGGUGGUGGCUUCCAUCACUGUUCAAGUGAUAGGGGUGGAGGCUUCUGUGCAUAUGCUGAUAUUACAUUGACUAUAAGGUUUUUAUUUGAAAGAGUAGAAGGAGUUUCAAGGGCAACUAUUAUCGACCUGGAUGCACAUCAGGGAAAUGGACACGAAAGAGACUUCUUGGAAGACAGGAGAGUAUAUAUUAUGGAUGUUUACAACAGGUAUAUUUAUCCAGGAGAUGGACUUGCUAAACGAGCCAUAAAACGGAGAGUUGAAUUGGACUGGGGUACAGAAGACACUGAAUACCUUCAAAAAGUAAAAACUCAUGUGGAAGGUGCACUGAAUGAAAUGAGACCAGACAUCAUUAUCUAUAAUGCUGGAACUGAUAUUUUGGAUGGCGACCCUCUGGGAGGCUUAGCUAUUUCACCUGAGGGCAUUAUAGAAAGAGAUGAAAUUGUGUUCAGAGCUGCUCGAAAGCACAGAAUCCCUAUCCUGAUGGUGACAUCUGGGGGCUACCAGAAGAGGACUGCACGAAUUAUUGCUGAUUCUCUCCUGAAUUUGCACCACCUCGGUUUGAUUGAUCAUGAACUUGCAGCCUAGGAGGCUGGAAGCACUAAGGUAGAACUAAUGAGCAAGGAACAUAAGGAAGACCAUCUGGCCUCUCAGUAAAAGAGGGGAAUUUGGGAUCCCUGCAUAAUACACAAUUAUAAUUGUUUAAUAUUUAAACCAUGAGAUGAGGAAUAUCCCAAGUUCUCAUAGAAUUAAUACACUAAUGGAGACAGAUACUUAGUAGUAUCCUACUUGCUUUCCAGGGACAACCUCAUGAGGGUUGGUUGCCAACACAACUUCUUCCAGUUCUUUUAAAUGCUGUUUUAUGAACUUAACACUGCCCUAACAUCUGGAAUGGCUUGCUCUGGUCUAAGUAAAGAAAUGAGCAGUACAUUUUCUUACCUCACAUAAUCUGGCUCUUCAAAUAAAAUUCGCAUUGUUUAAGGAAGGCAAGAAUUUCUGCAAGCGAUUAAAGGAACAUUUUGAAAGCUAGAGAAGAAUUACUUUCUGGAGGACAGUCAAGAUAAUGGAAACAUGAACAUACUGCAAAGCAAACUGAACAUGUGUGUAGCAUUGUAAUGUCUUCCAAUUAUUUUUAAAUAAAAUUCUAGUGGGAAAAUGGAAAGAUUUAAAUUCUUCAUCUGAAAGGGUGGUCAGUAUGAGUAUCUUUUUGAUCAUCUGAAAUAUGAUUAUAAUUCAAAACUACAGGCAAGAUAGUGUAGCACUGCUAGAUUUAAAUCUAUUCGUUUUUUCCACUCUUUCCAGAAGUAUAUAACAGAAUAAUGGUGUGUUUCUUAUUUUCACUGAUGAUUUAGGAUUAUAUGCACUAAAAAUAACAAAUAAAUGUAAGAGUUUAUCACUGAUUUAAAAUACAAUACCAAGUAGCGCAUAGAUUGUAACAAAAUGUAUGAAGUAAUUUGCUCCAGAUUUAAUAGCAAAGAGAUAAAAUAAUUGCUACCACUUUUUUUAAACUGGUGCCUAUCAAAAUUGCAUGAUUGAGACAUACUUGUUCGAUAAAAUCAAAGUUCAGUGUUGUAAUAUUCAAUCAUUAUCUUUGGUUAUAGAUUUCAUUGAUAAUAACUUGUAUUUCUUUAUAAUGGUACGACUUCAAUGAAUUCUGAAGCCUGGAAAAACUAUACAUGUAAAGUAAAAAUUUAAAUGUUUUUUUCCCCACUUCAUUUCUAGAGAGAGUACAUAUUUUUUUUAGAGGGAUAGGACAUGCAAUAGUUUCUUUUUAAAUUGCAGGAAGCUAUUCUACUAUGUAAACAUUAAGUGCUUUCUUUAAAAUGGCUCAACCCUUAUCAUUCAAAACUAUUUUUUUUUUUGAAGAAGUAGUUCCCAAGAAGGGAAAACUUGCCUCUAGUCUCAGGAGCUUUUAUUAUUAGAGUUGAUUAAUGGUCAGAAAAUGAGAAGCAAUGGAAUUGAUUUGUAUGUAUGUCUACAGGUCCUACAGAACUUAAAGGCUCCUCUUGUGGUACACAAAAUAAUGCUGUGAAAUUAAUGGAAAUAAAUUAUAGGAAAGGUGGAGGAGUAUUUGAGGAGCGCCAAAGGAUGUUAAUUCUCAGUGGCUUUGGUGUUUGCCAGAGUCUGUACAUCAUUACUGAAAUUGAAAUGCAGUAAAAGCUGUGGGGGCGCAGUGGUUAGAGUGCAGUAUUGCAGGCUACUUCUGGCUGACUGCUGGCUGACUGCAAUUUGGCAGUUCGAGUCUCACCGGCUCAAGGUUGACUCAGACUUCCACUCUUCCAUGGUUGGUAAAAUGAGGACCCAGAUUGUUGGGGUCAAUAUACUGACUCUGUAAACCGCUUAGAGAGGGCUGUGAAGCACUGUAAAGUGGUAUAUAAGUCUAAGUGCUGUUUCUAAAAGACAUGCUGCAGAUUCUAAUAUAUUCCAAGCUCCAAAUAAGCUAACAUAGGUAUUCUUCAAAAAUGAUAAUUAUAUUAGUUAGGUGCUUAGUUAAACCUUUGCCCUGAAAAAAGAUUAACUAAUACAAAACAAAACAAAAAACAACCUGCCAUAAAUUUACUGGAAUGAUAAGAGCCGUGGUGAUACAGUGGUUGGAAUGCAAUAUUGCAGGCUAACUCUGCCAACUGCCAGCAAUUUGAUCCUGACUCAGCCUUCCAUUCUUCUGAGGUCAGUAAAAUGAGGACCCAGAUUGUUGGGGGGCAAUAUGCUGACUCUGUAAUCUGCUUAGGGAGGGCUGUAAAAGCACUGUGAAGCAGCAUAUAAGUCUUCAGUGCUAUUGCUACCUUGAAGUUGGAAUGUGCAGUGGGAAACAGAUAGAACUCUCCACCAUAACAGCCAUCCAUGCAGUCAUUCUAUGAAAUCAUCUGCAAUACUGUUGAAAUUGCCAAUAAAUCCACUAGCCUGAAAAGAUUGUCUGCUCCCGAAAUACAAAAUCAAAUACAUCCCAGUGCAUUCGUUUACUGUAAGUGUCAUUAUGCUAAAUUAGCUUUUUUUUUUCAGAAUAGGCAACAUUGCAACUGAAGUGCAUCUUUUGGUAACAAAAUACCCAGGUUCAAUUUCAUAGAUACAGUGCAUAUAGCAUGGUCAUGGAAUGUCAAUGUAUGACAAGGGUUAGAAUAAAUUGCUUGCAGGACUUGAGAAAUAAUGUAAUAGAGCAACUCAAACGGAGUUAAUUUUAAAUCUCAACCAGAGGUACGUUGUAAUA